AUGGCCCUACAAAGCGGUCGAUCGCUGAAUCCUACCUUCGAGGCAUGCAGGCUUUUUGGUUCCUCUUCUAUCACGGAAGAUUACUCUAGAGGCUUGUUUUACUAUAUUCUCAGCCCAGUCUACGAAGACAUUCUUGAUGCAUUUCCCCCACCAACUGCCGAUUGCAUCUCUGCUUUGAGGUUUAGUCCUCGUGGUACGCAAUUUCUCGGCUAUUCUGCUCUUAUCGUUUACCUAUUAGGUACCAAGGCUGGCAGUAUUUACAUGCAUCGGCAGCUCAGAGACACCCUAGAGACGACUCAUAUAUAUCAGCAUGAUAUCGAGAAGUUCUUAAAUUGUGUCAAGAGGCAACUCGGAGUACAGAAAGAUGGUAUACUUGAGUCAAAAGACCUCGGUGGCAGUAUAACUACGGCCAAAGCAGAGGUGAUAUUCGGAGGCAUUGAACCGGAGACCAUUAUUAAGACCCGUUUGUCUGGUGAGAUCAACUUUGAGGUGGUGACGAAAAGUGUUAGUAUGACUGGAGCUGGAACACUGGGCCUGUUUCGAGUAAAGACAGUAUUGGGAAAGGAUGCAGAUCUUCACUAG